AGUGGGGGUCCUCUCCAGCGUCUGGGUGUUCUAGAUGUGGGAUUUCUAGGAGAUGUGCUGCCCCUCCACUAUGGAGCACUGACUCCACCACAUCCCUGCACUCCCCUCCAGCUCAUCCAGUCCGCCUCUUCCACUCCGCAGCUGGCAGCACUGGGAGGAAGGCCUUUUGCAUGCACUCAGGUUGAAGAGCCUCAAAUGGCAGGGAAAUUAUCUGGCUCUGGAGGAAGGGCUGCUUUUGUCCUUUGUUCUGAUCAGGAGCAGCCAUAACAAUUCCAGAGCGGGCCAGGCGCGACAUUAACGACGGCGACCAGUGUGAGACUAAUGGUGAGCAGCCCCCGGAGCGUCUCCUUUCAGGGGGCAGCAGAGGCUCUUUGUCCGGGCAAGGCUUAGACUGACGGCCCCAAGCAGCCAGCUUCUCGCCGGGCCGAGGAGGACACGCUCAGACCAGUCCCGAUGCUUGGUGUAUUGAGAGAUAUAACAAAUUGGUUGAAAAUGUCCACAGAUUCUGGAAGUGCUAUAACAAUGCAAUGGGAAUUUACUGUAUAGUGCAUGAUGUGAAGAUGGCAUAUGAACGUCACUUUCCACAUUUAGAAAAAUAGAUGUUUGCAGUACCGUGGAAAAUGCAAAAUAACGAAGUGCUGAAACCAGCCAAGUACUUUUCUGAGCUGGAGAAGAAUGUCCUCUUGGCCCUGGUGGAGAAAUACAAAUACGUACUGGAGUGUAAGAAAAGUGAUGCUCGGACUAUUGCUCUGAAGCAGCGCACUUGGCAAGCAUUAGCCCACGAGUACAAUUCACAACCCAAUGUAUCUCUGAGGGAUUUCAAACAAUUAAAAAAAUGCUGGGAGAAUAUCAAGGCAAGGACCAGAAAGAUAAUGGCCCACGAGAGAAGAGAAAAAGUCAUGCGAUGUGGGCUUGCUUCCAACAGCAUAAAAGAAAAGGUAGCAAGUAUGAUUCCAGAGCAGAUCUACUAUGUACAAACCCAGUCUGAAGAGGAAUCUCAAUAUAAUCAUGACUCUUCCAAUCCAGACAUGGACUGCAACAAGAAAGUUAAUCUCUUAGAUCUGGAGCUUCUUAUUGAUGAACAAGGAAAAAUCCAGACCAAACCAUAUAACAAAGCACCUGAAACAGACUCAUUGUGUGGGGAGGGUUCGCCAUCCAGCUCAGUAGAAAAAGCUUUCCACAAAGGAGACCUAGAAAUCCUCAUUGACGAACAGGGAAAAAUCCAGACAGAACCAAUAAGGAAUGUCUCUGCCACUGACGCAGUACGUGCAGAAGGAACUUCCCCAAAAAGUAUAAAAAAAGAAUCCUUUAUUAUCCGCGACAGAGACCUAUAUUCACCAGAAAAGUCUAAUAUUGUGAACAUGCAGAAAUGUCAAGGAAAUUUGGCAUCACCUUCCUGUUCCACUGCAAGAAUAACGGGUAACAGGACCUAUAGAAGCAAACCACCCCAGAAUGGCAUUCUGACAAAGAUGCAUGAGGAAGAGCAUCAUCAGCAGAUGUCUAUCCUCCAACUGCAGUUAAUUCAGAUGAAUGAGGUGCAUGUGGCUAAAGUGCAACAGAUAGAGCGUGAAUGUGAAAUGGCCGAGGUGGAACACCGAAUAAAGAUGGAGAUCCUGAACAAAAAGAAAAUGUACUGGGAGAGGAAACUGCAAACUAUUACAAAAGAGUGGCCAGUAGCAUCAUUCAACAGACCGUUCCCAAACUCUCCUUGAAUCAUAACCCUUGUAAGUGUUCAAAAGAUACUUGGGGGAAACACUGGCAGCAGCACUGUACAUGGCUCAACCAUCACGAUGACUAUCAGUAGGCCCAAACACUGGCAACAGUUUCUGUGUAGGAAAAUAGUUUAUAUAUAUGUGUGUAUAUAUAUAUAUAUAUAUAUAUAUAUAUAUAUAUAUAUAUAUAUAUAUAUAAUACGGGAGCAAGAUGUUUUGCUUUUAGUAGUAAUAAAAACAUAACAUGCAUAUGGCCUGUCUGCUGUAACACAAAGCUUAUGACGACAUAAGCUGGAAAGUAUGGUCUUUCUUCCCACAGACUAUUUUUUUAUUUUACAAACAUCAAGUUCACUUUUUAUUAUGUUGUGUGUAUUGUUUGUUUGCUGGAUUUCUUUGGUACAUUAUUUGGAUAAUAUAUGGAUAAUUGCUAUCCAUUUAUGAAUCUGUGAAAAUUGUGUAAUUUGGAACCAAAAUGACCACAGUUCUUCUGGAUGAGACCAAAAUGUAAUGCAAGAGUAGUUUGAAGUAUUGAUGAUGGAGAGUGAUGUGGCUGUUAUUUCUCACAUCCACUGUAAUGUUUACUCAGUCCUCCACUGUAAUGGGUCUAAGGUUAUCCAGGUAUUGAAGAGGCCAAAGGUACAAAAAAACCAUUGUGUCUUAUUUAUAUCAUAUUAUCUAACUGAUAAAUCAGGGUUGCGGUGAACCUUGACUGAAACACACUACCAUUUAAGCACAAAUAAAGAUGAGUGCUGGACACCCUUGUGUGUAACUACACUAAACUUUCCACUGCUACUCAUCUAUUACUGGCAGUAUUUAUGUAAUUGAAAAUAGGAAUGUGUUGAAUACCCAGCGGUGCUCUGACUUCAUUUUCUAUACUCUUAAUAUACCUACUUAUGUACUAGAGUGAACAACCUCUUGGCUCCAUUUGGGGAGAAAAAGUAAUUUUCCCGGGCACUCAAAAAGUAAAUGAAAAUGGUAGAAAAUCGGAUAAAAGUAAUGUUAAAACCCGACUUUGUAGUAUUGGACUAAAGGUGGCCAUACACAUUAGCCAGAACUAGGUUGAUGGUUGAACAAACAUUUCUCUGAAACAACCAUACCCAUUUUACUCCAUAUUGGCCAUAGUGGUUAAAACUGGCCAUACAUAUUGAAUUCAACUGAACGAAUGAUCUUUCUGGGAAAGUCCUUACCAAGAAAGAUCUUUUAGGCCAGGUUCACACUUCAGUUAUUUGGUCAGUUAUUUAUUUUAGUUAUUGUGAACCAAAACGAGUAGUAAUGCCUACUCGGAGAUCAGGUCUGAUGUAAAGAUUUUCAUCUCUUCUGUCUUUUUGGCUGCCACUAGUUUGGGCUAACAAUAAUUGAUCAAAAUAACUGACCAAAUAACUGUGUGAACUCAGCCUUAUCUGACUAUUGGCUGAAAAUUUCAAACACAGCUGACUUCUUUUCAGAUGAUGGGCCGUCAUUGGUCAGCUAAGCUGAUUGUUCAUUCUGAAAGGGGUUGUGCCCUGCUAAGAUGUUUAUAUCCUAUCCGACUCCUAGCACCCCUGCCGAUCAGCUGUUUGACAUGAUAUUGAAGACCUAUACUGAGCAUCAAUAUCUUUGCACCCUUUAAGUUUCCCCUGACGAUUGAUCGUUUUGGUUGAAAUUGUCUGUAUUGAUCAACUUUAGACUAAUGUCUAUGGGUACCUUUAAGAAAACCAAAAAGAGAAAAAGGCAUUUAUGUUGGAGAAAAAAAAAAAGACCUGAUUUAUUUAGCGUGUGAGAAGUGUAGUUAAUCCCCAGUCUAGAGUAAAUUGUAUUGCACAAAUGAAAAGUCAUAAUUUGUAAGUGAAAAUAAACUAUGAUUCCAGAG